UGAUGUGGUUUUCAUUCAGAAAAAGUAAACACGUGAAAACCAGCCGGUCAACACGUGUGUAAUUGUCCGGUCAUAGCGCGGACUACUUGACAUCGCGGAUGUAUAUGCAUGGCGCUGUUCGCGUAUUCCUUUUAGAGAAGGUUCUGGGAGUAGUGGCGGCAGAGGAGGAGGAGACGCAGCGGGGCUCAGGGGCUCAACGGCAGCAUCACUUCCCAAAGUUUGUCUCGGUUAUUUCCUGGAGUCGAACCAUCAACCUGCCGGGUUUGUUUACGUUGUGCGGCUCGGCCGUGUGUAUGCGCUCUGUCCGUCAUUUCCGACCCGACGCGCUCCAGCUCUCCGGCUGGUGUUCACAGACUCGGCUCCGCGAGUAGAAUGUUACCGAGCCAGGUUGGGUCGGCACCACCUGGGAACGGCUCAGCUUCGGGCAGGGGAACCACAGGGCACGGCGCGGGGGUUGUCGGGAGCGGGGUCCGUCCCGUUUUGGUGAGAGCAGGGCAAGCUUUACAGGGGGUCGGCGAGUGCGCUGCCGGGCGACAAGGGGAGAGAGACGCCAUCGGGAUGCUGGGGGCUAACUGUCCUGGGGGUCCGAGAGGUGUGCGGCCGGGGAACGGGACAGGCGUGACCUCCCUGCAGAGCGCCGUGCAGGGGAGCAUGGUGGGGCUGAACGCGGGGGUCGUGUUGCCGCACGGAGCGCGGUUCGACCCGGACAGAGAGAGCGCUCCGCUGUGCAGCGGCUCGGAUAACGACUCGGACUCCGCGGAGGACGACGACCCCGUGGGUUCACUCGGGGACAGCAGGAGAGGGGUGAAGCGGGAGAGAGGGGAGAUGGAGGCGGCGGUGACGGGACAGGAGGUGGGAGUAGCUCCCGGAGGUUACGGCAUGGUGCCCGGUGGGGUCGCGGGGGCGAAGCCGGGGAAGAAGACACGUGGGCGCGUCAAGAUAAAGAUGGAAUUUAUUGACAACAAGUUGAGACGGUACACGACUUUCAGCAAGAGGAAGACCGGCAUUAUGAAGAAGGCCUAUGAACUCUCCACCCUGACGGGAACCCAGGUUCUUCUGCUCGUGGCCAGUGAAACAGGUCACGUUUACACUUUUGCCACUCGCAAGCUCCAGCCAAUGAUCACCAGUGAAACAGGCAAAGCCCUGAUCCAAACAUGCCUCAACUCGCCGGACUCGCCGCCACGAUCUGACCCGUCCACGGACCAGCGCAUGAGUGCCACAGGCUUCGAGGAGACGGACCUCACCUAUCAGGUGUCGGAGUCGGAGAGCAUGGGUGACACAAAGAAGACUUGUUUUUGUUUUUUCUCCUCCCAGGAUUCACUGAAGCCGGCGUUCACGGUGGCCAGCCUUCCAGGCAGCACCCAGUCCACAGUACCCACCACCUCCACCACCAUGCAGGUGAGCAGCGGAACUUCGUUUCCCCUCACCAACUACUUGGCGCCCGUCUCGGCCAGCAGCAACAUCAGCGCCAACGGCACCGUCCUCAAGGCCGGUGGCUCCACAGGGGUCAUGCAGCUGCCCGGUGGCUUCACCUUCAUGCCUGCAGGCACACCUCUCCCCCCUGGCACCCCCACCAUUCCUCUGAGCCAGCUGCAGCAGCACUCCCUGGCCCUCCAGGGGCAGCAUGGUCAGGCCCUGGCCCAGCAGCCACAGCAGGGACAGCAGGCUGUCUUCCGCUUCCCUGCUGCUGUCUCCCUCACAGGAGCAGGCGUUCCCCAGCAGCUUCAGGCUAUCCAGGUCCACCAAAACACCCAGUCCUCUGAACACAACCAAGACAUCUCCCAUACCUCCACAAACUCCACCGCAACGGUGAGUCUCCCAGCAACCAUCGUCACCUCAUCAAUCCCAACGUCGGUGGCGGGUCACAUGAUGUACCCCAGCCCCCACACUGUAAUGUACGCCUCCAGCUCGGGGCUGACCGACGGGGGGCUGGCCGUGCUCAACGCCUUCUCCCAGGGCACCUCCGCCAUGCAGGUGUCCCACGCACAGGGUCAAGAUGGAGGUGGUGUCCCUCAGGUGUUCCUCACGGCACCUCCCGGCACGGUACAGAUCCCUGUCUCUGCGGUGCAGCUUCACCCAGUACGGCAAGAUCUGCAUUUUACAAAUGGUGAUUGGUCAGCAGUCGAGCGGCAGCAGCAGUAACCUGACCGAGCUGCAGGUGGUCAACCUGGACGUGGCACAGAACUCGAAGAGUGACUGACAGACGGCUGGAGCUGUUUAACACAGCAACACAGACAGACAUCUCUAUUUAUUGAUGCCUUCCUACAGAGUUUCCCAUCACACUUCUGAAUGUGACUUUUUAAGUAUAUAUUAUAUACACACACACACACAGACACACACACACACAAUCAAUCAAUCAAGGGCAUAUGUGUGGCUGACCCUUAUACAGUAUUCAGUAUGUUUUGGUAUAUAAAUAUAUAUAUAUUCGCAGAUGCAUAGGAAAAGUAUCACUACACCCAUCAUCGGAACCUGUUUUUAUGCCGUUAGAUGGUGUCUUCUUUAUUUUUUCGUGUGUGCGUGUGGUUUUUGAAAGUGUAAUUAUGUGUACACACACAGCGAGGUGCCACAGCUUCACACCAGCCAAAGAGACAUUUGUUUGUCUGAAUGUUCCAGUGUGAGCAAUUUGUGCACAAGUGUGUGUGUGUGUGUGUGUGUGUGUGUCUGUGUGCACGUGCAUAUCUGCAGUUUGUAAAUGGGGUGGGGAGACGCUUGUUGACUUAGAAGAAAAAAAAAUAAUGAAAAAAACAUUUUUUGAAAUGUACAUAUUUUUUUUUUUAUUGAUGACUUGUAUUUUUAGCCUGGUUUAGUUUGUGCAACAGCAUGUAGUUGUUUUUUACGUAGUGGUUUUUGUAUGUACAUGAAAAUGAUUUGCGUAAUGAAAAUGAAUUAUUUACAUGUAUAUGUAAAUUAAUUUAAUAUACCUUUUUAUAUGUUGCUGUUGGGAGUUUUCACUACGAGAUAGAGAAAGAACGCUGGAUGUGUGUUUUACUUUUGUUGAUUCUCACAAUAUCAUCAAGUACCUGGGUCACAAAAUGUAAAACAUGACAUUAUCUAGAAUGUCAGAGUGUUUACCUCCGCCAGGACCCAACAGUCUCCUCAAAUUCAAUCAAGCUGCAAAAAAUGUCACACUCACAGAAAUCAGUCCCCUAAAUGUGCCCCAUUCUUUUUCACUUCGAUCCAUUCAUUAUUCUCUGGGAAAACUAAAAUGUCAAACGCUCUUUUUCGCAAUGUUGAAGAAGGUGAUAACAAAAAUUCCUUGAUCCGCCCUCCUGAUCCAGAUCUGCACCAAAAUUGUAUAGAUUCUUCCUCUAGGUUUUCUGGCAAUCUGUUGGGUUGUGUUUGUGAAAUCAUCAACCCUUGUCUCUGUGGCGGAGGUAGUGAUUUGCUGUAAACAUGUUUCAGUGCAGCCUCUGAAUGCGUGAUCAUGUAGUGCGAGUUUUACAUGUGAGGUUUCUAAUGAAGUCCUGAUGUGGCUCUUAAAAUAUAGAGAUUGUUCCAACUACGACAAUCUGAUGGAAAUGAUUUUCAUUUAUCUGAGUUCUCACCAUAAACACUUGUAUCUAUAAUUUCACCAGCGUUCACACAGAAAUAUGAACACGUCACACACGGGUAAUAUCCUGAUGUGAAUUUUUAAAAAUCAGUUUUAAACGCAUGAUCCAUUGUAAACCUGUAGAUCUGAUUAGCCUUCAUCAAUCUGUAGAACUUGCACUAUAUGAUGCUACUCCUCAUUUGAGUCAGGACAUUGGAAACUGUUGCAUAAGACGCUGUGUGUGUGUGUGCGCGUAGAUUUAAAGAUUCCACUUGAAUACUGCAUUGAAAGCAUCAGUGUUUCCAUGUGUGGAAAUACUCUGUUACUAAGUCCAGUCGCUGUAAUAUUACAGCAGUAAUGAGUGACUCUCUCAUUUGAGUACAAGGGGAUCUCUUCAUUUGGUCUUUAUUAUUUACGUUCUAAUCCUUUAACUAUAAGACCCUGUCUGACUGCAUCUCAGUGUGACCCUCAGCGAUCAUAGAGAAUGAGAGUCAUCAGACUGAGCCUUCCCUCUGCACCAUUGUGCCUCUUUUCUGUGGCUGAUUGCUGUAUCACUGCAAGGCGAGUGAAAUGUAGGAUUUACUUUAUUUUUUUUUUUAAUGUUCCAGAACUCCUCACGUGACUUUGGACCUGUCAUGCGAUCCUCAGCUGCGGCCGCAGUGAGAUUAUUUUAACUCAUUUCUAGAGAAUUAGCUGGAUGAGCGAGCACGGCAGGGCUGGAAGCCAGAGAGUCGGACGGAGGAUGAAGUAGCUGUGUUGACUGAGAGCGAGGCAGAGGUCAUUGUCACGCUUCGUGUCCUCUGCUCUGUCCCUGUACACGUUCUCAUGUCAUCCUGCUGUGCUGUUUGAACAGGAAGUCACACGCUGAGCACAGCUACUUCUCCUUCACUUUAAUCUGGUGGUUAUUAGAAGCUAUGGAUUUAAAAAACAGAUUAUUGAACAGGAUUUGUGGUUUUCACUUUGUCAUUGAGAGAAAUGGAUAUUUUUGUGUAUUUUCUGUUUUUGUUGUACAGACAUUUUGUAAUAAAAACACGAUGAACUGCUCAAAGAACGACCACA